UCACAAGCAGUCAUGUUGUCCAUGCUGCUCAGGCUGUUUCAUAGGGACAGUACAAUACAACCAGAGACCAGACCUAGGCAGAAGGCAUUCUGUAAAGCAGGAAGAAGGAGAUGGCCCUGGGGAAGACACAGGUCUGUUGGGAAAGAGUCCUCCCAAGCCUACACCAUCAGUGAGCAGGAGCAGAGAAUGAAGAGGUUGGAGAAGCUCAAAAGGGACCUCGAAAGAAUGAGUAAUGAGAGAGACGAACUCCAGGGAAUCCUGGCACAUUAUAAUGUCAAAGAUUUGAACAACAGGUUCAACUUUGAGAUGAUCAUGCUGGAGAUGCAACACGACCAGGUGAUGAGCAAGCUCAAAAACAUUCCACAGCAGAUCAGUGAGGCCUUGUAUAAGUGCCAGGAGUUGACUAAAAAUAAUCAACUUUACAGCAUCAGGAACUGUCACCUCCUGACAGAAUCUCUUCAUAUGAAGAGUGAAGUAAAAAUGCUCUGGAAUGAAAACAGGCAGCUGCUUAAGGAGCAGAUUACACUGGAAGUGUGUUCUAAGGAAACAAGGAGGCUAUGUGUGGAGACCAGCAUGAAGAUCUAUGACAAAUUUUCCAAGCAUAUCCAA